UGAGAAACCUCUUAGUUUUAAAGUUGAUGCUUGUUUUCCUACUCGGAGAUGUACUGGCGGACAAAUCCCAGAGUUCCCAGAAAAGUGGCGUGCUGGAGUCCAUUCAAACCAAAGUCCUGAUCAUCUCCAGCGUGGUUCUGAUCACCUGCAUUUGGCUGGGAUGCGCCUACUUCAUGGCCAAUCGUCACCAGACGGCAGUUCAGUAUCUGCAAAAGCAAGUCGACGAGCUGUGGCUGCUGCAGGCGAAGCCCUCCGUCUGGCCCCAUGCCCCCUUCAUCCCUAGUCCCCGGGAGCCGAAUCCGCAGGAGUACAUUCCGCCAAAGGAUCCGCAGGAGCAGGAACAGGAGGCCAUUGAGGCGGAGGAAAGUGCCGAAAAGGCCAAGGCAAUAAUGGAGGCCAGAAACAAUUAAAAAGAGUGAGAUGAAAUGUGAACUGAUAAAUAAUUUCAUUUACUAAUAGAAUUUUUUUAAAACAAAUUAUUGUGUCCCAAAAAUGUAUACUUUG